CUUCUCUAGUGAGACGAGAAAGCAAAGCUGAAAAGAGGACUUGCCUGCGGAAACCAUUCAUUUCGCCUCAUCGACAGAGAGAAAAAUAUUAACGAUGAGAUUUCGUGGGAGCUUUAUUUUUCGCCGUUUUCUUUCUCAGUUUCGAAAGCAAUUCGAUUCAAAAUCAGAAUUCCCACUUCCGAGUUUCCGGCGUCGAGCUCCGUUCUUCCUUCGUUCUUAUUCUUCCGAACUGCAAGGUCAACUGUCGCCUGAACUCUUGAACAUAAUGGAACAAAGACUCUCCGCAAUUGAGUACCGGACUGCAUGUCUCAACAAAUUUCUAAAUCAGCCAGAAGCAUCGCCAUCAGAAUAUGCAAGAGCUAACAAGGAGCUUCGGAAGCUAAGUGGUUCUGUGGACCUUAUUAAUGAAUUGAGGACCAAACAGAAGGAAAUUGAUGGCUUGAAGUCACUGAUGACCGAAUGUUCUGAGGAUAAAGACAUGCUAAAUAUGGCUACAGAGGAAAUGGGUCAGGCCAUAGAAGAAGAAAGAAGACUGCAAAAUUUGCUGCUGAAGUCAUUACUUCCUAAGGAUGAUGCUAAUGAAAGGGAUUGCAUUUUGGAGGUACGAGCAGGCACUGGAGGGGAGGAGGCUUCCCUGUUUGCAAUGGAUAUCUUUAGAAUGUAUGAGAAGUAUGCUCUCAAGAAAGGCUGGAAAUUUGAAGUAGUAGAUAUAGCUCAAUCUGAUCUGAAAGGUUACAAGGAGGCUAGUGCAGCAAUUGCAGGAGUUGGUGUUUAUGGGAAACUAAAAUUUGAGAGUGGAAUCCAUCGUGUCCAGCGAGUUCCUGUGACAGAAAAGUCAGGACGAAUUCAUACCAGUGCUGUUUCUGUUGCAAUUCUUCCUCAGGCUGAUGAGGUAGAUGUUCAAUUGAAGAAUGAAGACUUAAGAAUCGACACCUAUAGAUCUGGUGGUUCAGGCGGUCAGCAUGCAAAUACAACGAACAGUGCUGUUAGAGUAACCCACAUUCCAACAGGGAUUAUGAUUACUAUACAAGAUGAGCGGUCUCAACAUAUGAACAAGGCCAAAGCUCUCAAGGUACUCUGUGCAAAACUAUAUGAAAUGGAAAGGCUAAGACUUCAUAGAAGUCGAUCAAAGCUUCGAUCUGAGCAGAUUGGUAGUGGGGACAGAUCUGAACGCAUCAGAACAUACAAUUUUCCUCAGGGCCGGGUAACUGAUCACAGAGUUGGUAUCACUUAUCACUCGGUAGAUGAUGUGAUGCAAGGCAGUUAGACCAUGCUCGGUGGACAGGAAUGUCACCUUUCUCUUGUUUCGUUCCUCUUAACACUGUUGAACCCCUCACCCAGCUACUACCUCGUACGAUAUAAUGAGGGGAUCCUGUCACUGCCUGCUCCAAGUGGAUGGAAGACAUCUUAGGCAUUAGCUGUCAGGUACAACUGUGUUAGUUUUUUCCUUCACUUCCUUACGACUAUGAAAUGUUGAUAGGGUGGAAGAAAGGAUGAGAUACAGAAACAAAAAUUCGAACGAAUUAUCCAAGGAAAAUAUGUAGAUACAAUGUAAAAGGAGUGUAAGAAAGUAAAUGUAUAAUACUCCAAAUCUAUGUUAAUAAAAGAAAAACAACACCUGUUGUAGUGUAAUCAUUCAUUUCAAUAUAAUUAAAUGUAAACGACUAAGAUUGUUUUGAUUUAAUUAUUCAUUUUAUUU